AUGCUGAUAUCACAGGGUCUAAGCGCCCUGAUAUGGUGCACACUCGCACUCGCUACCACAUCUCCGCAAGACCUCGUGUCUUCAUCAUCACAGGUCCAGCCUCAGCUUAACAUCGCCGACUCACAGGUUCGCCAGGGUGACUUCAUGAGCCAGCAGGAUGGUGGGGAAGUUGGUACUCGAUCCAAGGGCUUGCCGAGUUGGAGGCGGAGGAAGUCGAGACAGUCGAGGGCGGAACAGAGCCGGAUGUCAACUCGGCUCGUGGCGAGGCAGGAGGGCGUGUGUUCAAAUUCGUUGGUGUGCCCGGAUGGUUCGGGGACGUUCCAGUGCUGUGGGGAGGGAUUUCGGUGUUGUGUCGAGGAGGACGGAAGCGGAGCGUGCUGUCCUAUUGAGCAAGGGGAGCCGGAAGUUCAGGAGGUGGGCGGUUGUGUUGGUGAGAGCUGCUCCGAGGCCGAAGCAACCGCGAAAGCUGGUGCUGUGCCAACAGCGGUCCUCACCACAACAGUGGUACGGACGGUGACAGUGGGAUCUAUCACCCAAACCGUCGUUGUCCCCAUUACUGUCUCUCAAACCCUUACUUUUCUCGAUCCUGCGCUUCGCACGCAGACUAACACCGUAACAAUCACCUCAGAAGUUCUUGCGAGGAGGCAAGUCCGACGACAAGAAGCUUCAAUUCCUCAGACAGAGGUCCGCAACAGCACCAUUACAGCAGAGGCGGUUCAACCUACUACUCUCACCAGCGCGAUCGCGAGCAUUCCCGGAGCAGCUGCUACUCAGCCUGCCGUUCUCGCAUCUGAGAGCGACGUGUCUCGCGAUGCGCUAAAAACUGUCACGGUGACGACGACGGUUGAGGUUGUGACUACCGUGACAGGAAUUGUCACCGUCACCUCUACCAUCCUUAACACCGUCUUCGUAACUCUGACUCUGGCCCCUAGUGCUACUACGACAGUCUUUGUCACGGCCACUGUUCGCCCUCGUCCCGAGAUAACCGGGGGCCAACUUCCGGGCGGCUUCAUCCCACCCACAGGCAACGAAGGUCUCCUCCCACCCAACCCUCCGAUUCUCCCCUCCGGAAGCAGCCCGAGCAACUCCCCCAUCCCCCCAGGAGCCGGCCAAAACCCCACCAUCACGGCUGGCACACCGCUUCCUCCCGGCGUCACCGGCGUCCUCCCACCAGGCAACCCGCAAUCCAUGAUGCCCACUGCCGAGAACCCCUCGGGGUCUCCGACCUCCCCCGUCAGGCCCAUCCCGGGGUCUUCCCUCACAUCCGACGAAAUUGCCGGCAUCGCCCUCGGCAUCAUAUUCGGCCUCUUCUUCCUCAUCCUCGCCGGUUUCCUCGUAUACCGCCUAAUCAAGAAGAAGGAAGCUCUCGAAAUCACCCGUCACCACCAGGAGAUGGCUUCGUCAGGAUCUGGUUCGAUCCCCGUCGGCGCUGCCAGCAUCCUCUCCAACUCGACGCAGAACCGCCUCAUUCGGCCCGCACCCGCGGCUGUCCUCGCCAGCGACGGAACUACGAGUACUACGCCCGGUGAGGGCGAGGUUCGCAUCGUGAUUCGACCGGCACCCAGGCGCCGAACGCAAAGCUCGGGUCUCUUCCCUCCUUCGGGCCAAGGGUCUCGCGCCGCGUCUGGUUCGUCGUCUACCGGUGCGCCACCUGUAGUGGCGGAGGGGAGCAGAAGGGCUCAGUUCCCCAGACCGCCAGGGUAUAGUGGGCAGACGUACAGCUUCUUCGUCGAGGAGAGCGGGUCGACGUCACCCAUGGAUCCUAACGCGUGGAGUCUGGCGAGCGACCACGGGAGUAGGAACGAACAGCAAAAUUCUCCUACGGAUAAUAAAUGGAGCCCUACUUCACCGCGGACUUACGACGUCGUUUCUAGGGAUGUCGGUAAGGGCAGUGGCAGUGGUGGAGGCGAUUUCCUAAGCGUCGGGAGGGCGCUAUCGCCUUGGAAACCGGUAUAA